UCUCGAGCUGGAGGGUAAAGUUUUGUGAAUGUGUCUCACGAAGGCACGCUAAUUGGAGAAACGCUAAAAUAAUAGAUAGUAGUUGACUAAUAACAUGGAUGGAAGGAUGCAUGGAUUGCUGAUUUAGGAAAAUACAACAUUUAAGAACAAAUCUGAAAUAAACGAGCUUUUAAAAGAGACACCAGAUCAGCUGAUAGUUAGAUCAGUUUUGCCUGAGUGCUGAGCAUCAAAACAGCCAACCUUCUGGGCAGGAGCAUUUUUCAAGGACUUUCUCCUUGAAAGUCUCCACUGUGUUUUAUGGUUGUCAACACUCACUGUUGUACCUGUCAAUGACCCUCUCCAUAAAUAAUGAAAAUCAGAUGAACUGAAAAUUUGAUUCAAUUCAGUUCUUGUAUAAUUUGGCAUACCUCAGACUUUUCUCCCUGUUUUGCAAGAGCCAGAUUUCUUCAAGCUAAUAGGAAGGUGACAGUAACUCAAACAGCCACUCGUUACAGUCAAGUUAUGCAAAAGAGGAUCUCUGAACACAAAACAAAUCAAACCUUGAGCAGGUGAGCUACAGCAGUUCAAAGGGUGUCACCAACAUUAGACAGCAGCAGAUUGUAAAAAAUGAUCUGAUGGGUCUCACUUUCUGCUGUGAUAUUGGGAAGAUGGGGUCAGAACUGAGUGUGAACUGAAAUUCACAGGGUCCUUCUUUUAGAGGUUUCUCAGGUUAAAAAUAUGUUGGAAUGAUUAUGCCUCUUCUUUUUUAAAAUUAUUCAGGACUCUUGGGUAGAAGCCCCUGGUACUUCUAUGUUGUCGUGCUUUUUCUUCCUGAUGUUGCCAUAUGCCAGGAUUGCCUCAUUUAUCACAUCUGAGGUCUCCUGCUUCUUGUCAGGCACUACUAUGUAUGGUUGGUCGGCCAGCAGCUGCUUCUCUGACUAAAACUCAAAUUCCUGUUGCUUUGAAAUACUUUUCAUAGAUUCUCCCAUCAGGACUGGGGAAUUUCUUGUCCACAUGCAGCACAGAUGUUCAUGUACACUAUCCUAGCCACUUGGUUGUGCUUCUCAUGUACUCAGUCAAACUUUCUUUUACAUCCUGCCACUAUAUGUUGGACUGUCUCAGGGACACCUUUGCACAGCCUGCAGCUUGGGUCCUGCUGGCUGUGGUAGACUCCUGCCUCUUUGGUUUCGAAAUUCACUUCAUCUAUCUGUUGAUGGUAUGUCUCAAGGAAGGGCUUGGUCUUCCAUGACACUUCCUCAUCACCAUCUGUCUUCAGAUCAUUUCUUCCAGAUGUAUUUGCGGAUGCUCUGUAUUUCAUUCUGGAUUGUGUCUCUAACCCUCACUAAUCUUCACCCACACUCUUCCUAUCGUUGAGCUGGCUUCUCAGCCCCUUACCUUCUACAGCUGUUUGGCUGUGGCUGACCUUCAUGGGUCUUUAUCUUGGAUCAUAGCAGCCGGGGGGAUACACAGGUAGUUGUAGCUGUUCUUUAUGUCCACUAUCUCCUGUUUUUGCAACUCUAGAUCCUUUUGAAGUGGAUCAGUAAGGCAAUGUCUUGCUUGUUCCUGGUAUACGUCUUAACGUCAGCUUUGUACAGGAGGUGGCUGAUGGUCGCUCUACUCCUGAAUCAGUAUACACUCUUAGUGACAAGCUGGCUUAGGGGGUUGAGGCCUAUGCAAAUGGGGACACUGCAUCACCUUGUUAUCUUCUGUAGUUACUGGGAUAUGAUUGGCUUGGAGAUGCCCAUGGAAUAUCCGAAGAUGAUGCACUUUCUAUUUUUUGUUUGUUUGGGUUUUUUUUUUUAUUUGUGUAUGUGUAUGAACCUGGUGGCAUGAUUCUAAGCAGGUGGGUUCUAGGAGGUCUCAUUUCAGUUUCAACUCUCAUUUUCAAUUGCAUUGGUUUUAGAGCUUGUUCCUAGCACACAUGACUCCCUUUGAAUUCUUCCACCAUUAACUCUGAGCACUCAGUUAUCAUCGUCACAUAAUAGGCUGCAUAUCAAAGUUCCCUGCAAAGUUCAUUUACUCCCUUAUCAGCUCCUGGAAACAAUAUGACUUCUCCUGGGUGACUGAGUUGCAAAAUGGGAUUAAACACUGUGAGGAUUAUUGAGAGCUACCAUGCCAUUGUUUAUGAUUAAUGUUUGAUUAAAUUUUGUGACUUACACAGUACUGACACAGAGUGCACAUUUGCUUAUCAGUGAAUUGAACCAGAUAAAGCAAAAGAUCAUAAAAUUGUUUCAACCCAGGCUUAUGCCUAUAAUAAGCCCUCACUUUGACUUUCCAGAACCAUAGGGUAACAUCUCUGUUUCAUUGGGCAACCAUGAGACUGGUUCUUCCCAACCCAGGGCUGGAUCUCAGGAUCCCAAACUAUGAGGACCUGGAAAGGAUGGAAAAGGAAGAUGGGGACAGACCCAAAUGGGAUAACAAAGUUCAGUACAUUUUAACAUGUGUGGGCUUCUGUAUAGGGAUUGGAAAUGUAUGGCGAUUCCCUUACUUGUGUCAAACCCACGGAGGAGGUGCCUUUUUGAUUCCCUACAUCAUCCUGCUGGUGCUAGAAGGAUUGCCCCUUCUGCUGCUGGAGUUUGGCAUUGGCCAGCGUCUCAGGAAAGGCAGUGUGGGUGUGUGGAGGGCCAUCAAUCCCUAUCUGACUGGUGUUGGUAUUGCUUCCAUGCUGGUCUCUUUAUUGAUUGGCCUGUACUACAACACGUUAAUAGCCUGGAUCAUGUGGUAUCUCUUUAAUUCCUUUCAAGGCCCUCUGCCUUGGACCCAGUGUCCUCUCAAUGACAACCGAACAGGCUUUAUAUCUGAGUGUCAGCAGAGCUCCACAGUGGAUUAUUACUUUUACAGAGUCACUCUGAAUGCUUCUGCCUCAAUAGCAGACUCUGGAGGACUGCAGUGGCCCAUAGUGAUCUGUCUGUUAGCUGCCUGGACAGUCGUCUGUAUCUGCUACAUACGGGGGAUCAGUACUUCAGGAAAGGCAGUGUACGUCACAGCCCUCCUGCCUUACGUAGUGUUGGCCAUCUUCCUGAUCCGAGGAUUGACUCUUAAAGGAGCCAUGAACGGAGUGAAGUACCUGUUCACACCAGAUGUGGAUGAGCUGAUGAACCCAACAACCUGGUUGGAUGCAGGUGCCCAGGUCUUUUAUGCCUUUAGUUUAGCAUGGGGAGGCCUGAUCUCCUUCUCAAGCUACAACCCUGUCCACAACAACUGCAUGCAAGAUGCGGUGAUCCUGACUAUUAUAACUGGCCUCACCUCAAUCUAUGCUGCCACAGUCACGUACACCGUCAUUGGCUUCAGGGCCACUGGCAAAUAUGACACCUGUAUCAGUGAAAACAUCAGGACGUUACUAAAUGGAUUUGAGCUCCCUGAGGACAGCAUCACUGCCAGCAACUACAAUGCAGCCCUUCAUCAUCUGAACAGCUCCUAUCCGGAUACUGUUUUUGGACUGGACAUUAAAACCUGUGACAUGCAGAAGCUCCUCAGUGAGGGAGUGGAGGGAACAGGUCUGGCCUUUAUUGUCUUCACUGAGGCCAUUACCAAAAUGCCGGGUUCCCCAGCCUGGUCUGUCCUGUUUUUUAUCAUGCUUCUGUGCCUCGGACUCUCAACACUUUUUGGCAACAUUGAAGGAGUCGUAGUCCCUUUGAAAGACUUGAAUUUAUUUCCCAAAAGAUGGCCCCAAGAGGCACUGACAGGAAUAACAUGUCUUGUAUCCUUCAUCAUCUGCCUCCUGUUUGCACAGCAGUCAGGCUUUUAUUGGGUAACUCUCUUCGAUAACUUUGCUGGAUCAAUCCCACUGCUGACUAUUGGCCUGACUGAGAUGAUAGCUGUUGUUUACAUCUAUGGCAUUGACAGGUUCAAUGAAGACAUCAAGUUCAUGAUUGGAAAGAAGCCUUGCAUCUUCUGGCAGAUUUCCCUGAGAUUCACCAGUCCUCUGAUCCUCCUGGUCAUUUUAGUUUUCUACCUGGUGACUCAAGCCCAACAAGAACUCACCUAUUUAGUCUGGGACCCCGACUACGAGGAGUUUCCAACUCUGGCAUCAGUACCUUACCCUUCAUGGAUCAAUGUGGUCAUCUUUGUUUUGGCAGGAAUUCCCAGUCUGGUGGUGCCUGUCUACGCCUUGUGCAGGCUGGUUUAUGUACGCUGCAAGAAAAAGAUGAAGCCAGAGAAAGACAUUAAUCAGAUGAAAACAAUUGCCUAAACAAGUCAGAAUACAAUA